UCACCGCAGGCGCGCUGCGUCCGAGGGAGUGCGCGGAAGUGAGCUCGGUGCGUCGAGCUGCCUGGGCGCGCGCCGGGUGCUGGGCCGUGACGGAACCCGGAAGCGGAGAUAACAACUUUAAAAAAGAGGCUAUGUUCAGCUUCUUCCGAAAAAGCCAAGAUUCAAAGAAGGUUACAGUGCCAGAGAGAGAAGCAGAUGGAUUUGUUAUUGUGGGUGACACAGUUGAUGAUCAAAGUAGAGAGUCAAAGGAUAAAACAUUGUUUCCAGAGAUCAAACCAAUGUACAAUAAACCUCCACAGAUAAAUACAGGGCACCGAUCGCAGUUGACCGUAUCAAGUGCAGAAGUGGGAAAUGAAAGGAGUCCGAAUUUGGAAAGCAGCCCUUUCAUGUCAGAUCUUCUGAGUGACAUACCCUUUGCCCUAGCGCCACAUGUGGUAGCAGUACAGGGCGCCCGUAAUGACGUUCCUGACCGACUGCUCACCUACGACAUCAAUGAUAAUUUAUCAAGAUUCUGGUAUGACUUUACACUUGAAAAUUCGGUACUUUGUAAUCCAUAAUGUUUUCUUUAUUUUUAUUUUUUUUUGGCUACGUCGAGGCAAGUCUUAAUGUGAACAUUAAGAUGUAUUUUUAACAUCUUAAUGUUUUGGGGGCCUGCCAGUGGUAUAUCAGACUCAUUAAAUCAAAAGGGUUGUUAUUCAGUACUGUGUUGUAUUUUUCAGUUUUAACUGAAAUGUAACUUCCUAUGUUAAGUAUUACGUUUAUCUCCAAAGAAAUGAAGCAGGGCUAUGUUUCAGCCUGAGUAUAAGACUUGCUGUUGGAACCACUUCUAGUAGGUAGGCUAUAGACUCAAACAUUUCAUAACUUCAAGAUGAAGCUUACACACUUCUGUAUUAUUAGUUAUUUUACUCUUGAUACUUAAGACAUAGAUCAAGUUAUGCAUGUUUAAGGUUAUCUUUGAUUUUCUAGAGAUAGAAGCCCACUAUUAGUGCUGAAGUAAUACUGCUUCAUACUACCAGGCAGAUACUGUUCCAGUCAAUCUGAGUUUUAAAACUGAGACUUAAUUAUGUAUACUUUCAGAGUUAUGAAUAUUUCAUAUAAUUGAUUAGACUUACCAACUUCAAAGUGAAAAUUAGGUGUCUCGCUCCUUUUCCAGUGGGUGUUUUGUCCAUUUCAUUUUGUCAUUUUGUGCCUCUCCUGUUGUCUUAAGAAGCUCUUUCUGGCUGCCUGUUGGUUGCUGUUUGUUCUCAUUACCACAUGUGUUCCUGAUUUAUACACAGAUCAGCUUUUCCAUUUUAACCUCUUUGCCCCCUAAAGAAGGAAAUCUCAGGACACGUACUUUUAAUGGUCACACCCUUCUUUUUUUUUUAAUUUGUGUGCCAGAGAUACAGAUGGCAAUGUUUAACAACAGGAAAACAUUACAUUGUUUCUUGUCCAGCUAAAUUAAAUAGCUAAGUACCUAAACAUGCAUUUUCACAGACCACUGUGUUGCGUGCCCACAAGCUUUGAGUAUGCAGUGUUUUUUCCAACUAGAACCUGAGUUGUUGCGUGAACAACAGCUCGCUGAUGUAACAUCAUGAUUUGUUUGAGAAAUAUCUGUAUCACACAAAAGAUUACACUUGUUUUCUUUUGGGAUAGAAUAUUUAUAUUGUGCCAAAUGUUAGUGGGUAUUUUCAUAUAUUUUCUAUGAUCUGUGAUAGCUUAAAAUAUAUGUAUUUUCAGACAUGUCAUCUUAAGGUAUUUGAGAUAAAUACUGUAAAUGGUGGAGAAGUUACAUUGUGAAUAUGUCUUGAGUUGGUUGUUAAAUAUUUUUGGUUUAGAUUUUUUUAAUGUAUGUAUUUAAGUAAAUUUGUUAGUAUAUUUUUGUCAAUUAUGUUCAUGAAUGUUUGGAACUAAUUGUUUCAGGGAAAAUAUCUGUGCUGCACUCAAAUAAAAAAGUGGUAAAAUA